AUGUCAGGAACACCAGACCCAGAUCAAGUUCAAACUGUUGAACAAAAGGCGAACAAGGCACUGAAAGAAAAGUACACAAAUACAGGUAGCUAUGUACAGAUGCUCCCAUUGGUUGAUGAUAGUAAGAGACACAUAAUGGACAUCUACAGUAAGCUAUGUUUAGAUGAACUAGUUGACACAAGAAGGAAGACUCAACACAAGAAAAUUAGUUCAUAUGAAGAGAUUUUCCACUUUCAGACCAGGGAGGGUAAUCCAAUCAAACGUAUUGUUGCAAGCGGAUCAGCAGGAAUUGGCAAGACAACCCUAAUUGACAAAAUUGCUUAUGAUUGGGCAAUGGGCAACAGUGAGACACUCAAUAAGUUCAAACUUGUUUUUGCUCUCAAAAUGUGCUCAUUAAAACAAAGCACGGAGUUAACAGAAGCAAUCGGUAAUCAGCUAGUGGCCAAUGACUCUGUAGAUCAAUCUGCUUUGGAAGAUUUUAUUGACAAGAACCAAGACAAAGUAUUGAUUCUCUUGGAUGGAUUCGAUGAAUUUAAAUUUGACCAGCUUGACACAUCCUCAUUUCGUUCGAUUCUCAAUAUUAUUCAUCGAAAGCUGGGCACAGAAUGUUGGGUAGUUAUUACAUCCCGUCCUCCCCUUGACAAAUUAGUCAACUCAUCAUUGGUUAAAAAGCCCUAUGCUCAUGUGAGAGUUGAGGGGUUUUCAGAUACAGAUAAAAAGGAAUAUGUGAACAAAUUCUUCACUGAAGAUCGUGACAAGGCUAGCAGGCUUACAGAGCAGAUAAAACAAUCAGAAACCUUGUCUGAUUUGGCAAAGAGUCCCAUGCUACUGCUGCUGAUGUGUUUGCUGGUGGGGAGCACAGAGAACACCCUCCCAGACACAAUGACACAACUGUAUUACCAAAGCACUGAAUUACAUAUUCAAAAGAAAAACAAGCGACAUCGAAGACGCUGCAAUAUCUAA